CCCCCCUCCUCAUCUUUCAUGUCCGACAAGCUGUCCUCUCCUACCCGGUAGUCGUCCGCUAAUUCCCCGCAUUCCGGUCACUUUCAUCUUACAAACGACGAGUAGAGGUCCCAGCACGGUCACCUACACGGGAAUAAAGGUCAAGAGAAGGAAAUCCAUUCGCGACGCAACCUUCAAACCAUCGGCUGAGGAGUCCUUCGAAGACGAUCCGGAGGUAGAAUCACCCACUGACUCACCACAGAAGCUCGCUCGCCCCGAGACAAGGAUGUCCACCCGCACCCCCAAGAAAGUCGACGUCCACCUCCCCGGGCCGUCGCCGAAAGACGCGUCUGCGAAGAAGACCGCGAGUGUCAAAGGCAAGCGAGGGGCGCACUCCCGCCAGUCGUCUGUGGCGUCGCUGGCUCGCGAAGACACCCUCGUCGACUCUUCCCCCAUCAAGCCCAAGUCUCAGAGCAUGAAACCCCGGUCUCAGAUCCAACGCACGGACACGCAAGAGGACGGCGACGAGGAGUCUGCGAGCGGGGUCUUUGGCACCGGGCGGUACACCUCGCGCAAGGGCGAGGCGGAGCGUCGCCAGUUCCUCGAGGAUGACCCGAAUUCAGGCGAAGUCGAGCCCCAUCGCGUGUACUGCAAAGUGUGCAGCCAGUGGGUGGACUUGAACCCAAAGCUCAAGUACAUCAUGAAGUUGUGGGUCGAGCACCGGAGGCAUUGCAAGAGCACUAGUCGCUCCGAGAGUCCGACGAAGGAGAAGACGACAUCGACCGAGCCGGAGGUUGAGGUCGAGGAGGACGAAGACGAGUCGGUCAUGCAGGAGGAGCCGGUGCACCUCGGCAUCAAACGCGUCAAGAAGGAGCAGGAUCGGAAGGCGAUCAUUGAGGCGGAUCCGCUUACUGGCGAGGUGAAGCCCGAGUCAGCGUACUGCAAGGGCUGCCAGUCCUGGGUAAAACUCUCGACGCAGACCACUUACUCAUUGCACCAUUGGCGUACCCACGCGAACAAGUGCAGCGGCAGCAUCCCUAGCUCGCGCGUCGCGACGGCACAGAGGAAGCUGAACCUCGUCAACGAUCCCCAAGUCAAGUCUUGCACUUCGCAGAGCGUUGAAUGCAAGUCAUGCAACAAGACUAUCGAGCUUGAGGGCAAGGCGGAAUAUGAUCUCACAAAGUGGGAAGAGCACAAGCUUGCGUGUAACAGCAGCAUCCUCAAUGGAGCGGCUGCGAGGGCAGGCGCCAAAGAGACUCUCAUUCCAAGUUCGAGCCGACCCCCACCUUCCGUGGCCGACACCGAGGAUACGAUUGUCGCUACUGAUGUUGCCUCCACCCCGCAGAAGACUAGGAAGCGGUCGCGCGAGGACGACGAUGUCCCCGAGCGCGCCGUCCGCCCGCGCGACGCGUCGUAUGAGCCUACGCAGGCCGAGAACCCAGGGUUCCUGACAUGGGUCUCCGAGUCUAUCAUGGGCUUCUUCCGCGGUGUCCGCGAAGGCUUUUCUGGAUGAACGAUGCACGCAUCACUUAUCUUCGGUUGCUGAUCAUUUUGUACUUCGACCGCUUCUAGUCGCUCUUUCUAGCUUAUUGUCCUUUUGCUCCGCGAUAUCUGUACACCACACUCCUUGCAAUUGGCCACGCUCGAUAUGCAUCCUCCUCCUGCGAAUUCUCGCUUAGCCUGUACUUCCUCGCGAACCCAUCUUGAUCUGUUUCAUUUAUUACUAUGUCUGUCUUUAGUUCAGAUCGCUUGGAACGUCGAGUGGUGUCUAUGUUACUCUGUCCCUGUGUAUACUUCCGGCCACAGUCGAUAAAAGGUCCAAUACCACUGAAUACCCU